GGUCGUAAUGGUCUUAUCAUUUCUCGAAAGGGUGGUCACUUUCUGUGUCGUAUUCACUAUUUAAAUAAGCGAGGGAUACGUCAGUGUGUGUAAGGCAUAUGUGCACUGGUAUCCAUUUGUAUUGUCGUUGGAGUAUCUGAUUUCGUGCCACUAGCGCCAGGUUUACAUAUACGUGGGGUCCGGUCUAUAUCCAAGCGAGCUUCCAUAUUGAUCAUGUCGGUUUCUUUUGUAGCGCGAGGGCAUAUUGCGGGUCGCGUCGUCAUGGCGUUCGAGAUGUGUGAUCUUCGAGAUUACCAACUGAAUCGUGAUUUCGAUUUUACUAGUGCAGUAGAUCGGCACGAGAUUCGUCACUAUGAGCUUGAUGCCAAUGGGGAGUUGGUGCUACGCUUGGUAAUUGGGUUGGGUUACGACGGAGAGUACCUUCGUGAAGUAAUCGUCUACGUGACGAAGGUAGGAGCUGAUGUCCCGAAUGUUCAUGUUGGAGCUAGUGAGGACAUCGUCGAAUCUGUGGUGCGCUUGAGUAUCAUGUGCAGGGCGUGGAUCGAAUAUGUGUGGUGGAUCGCCGUUGAUUUGGUUAAGACUGCCGUGUUAUCCUUUGUGAAAUCCUUAGCAGAGCAUGGUUAUGUGCUGGCAGUGUAGCCCAUGGUAUACGCGUAGGGUGUGGACGAAUAUUUGUACCAUGUAUCACACAUAUCUCCUGGAUUUUGCCAUUAGUCGUAGUUAAACUGCGGUUUUACGAACAGAUAUGCGUCCUUGUGAAAUCGUGUCGUAUUUUCUGAAAGCUUUAAUGAGGUUGCAAUUCGGACAUGGUGAAUUUUUGUAUCAUCAAUAAAUCGUUUGCUAAAAUGUGCGGAUGUUGUAACUGCUUCAGCGUUCUGUCCGUAACAAAAUUGACCCUGUUAA